GUGUUUGUGUGUAGCUCGCUACGUAAAUAUGGCUGUCGGAAAGUGAGACCCAAAUGACAAUAAACCCGCCUGAUCCGAAAACCACCUCUACAGGGGACCGAAAGGACACAUAAGUUAUAAACCAACAUGUCUCGGCACAGAAAUGUCCGAGGCUGCAACUAUGAUGAAGGCAAGCUGUACUCAUGUCUGGACCAGAUGCGUGAGGUGCUGGGUGACACAGUGCCAGAGUCUGUCCUUACCCAGGUUGCCUUGCAGUGCGCCUUCGACCCCGAGAGAGCCCUGGACACCAUCCUAUCAGACGAGAGCACCGGUGCUCCGCCCCGGUCCGUUAAGACCCAUCAGGACGCACCACUGCCCCAGGGAGCCAAUAAGGAAGGACCACUGCCCCAGGGAGCCAAUAAGGAAGGACCACUGCCCCAGGGAGCCAAUAAGGAAGGACCACUGCCCCAGGGAGCCAAUAAGGACAUGGCAGCUGCACCAAGAUCCAAUCAGGAGGCAUCAGCCACCCCACAACCAAAGAAAGGAGCCUGCCUAUCCAACUCUGGCACUGUACUCACACCAACACACACACCAGCUAUAUGUCCAUCUACCGAUCCUCUGAACCUUAGUGACCACCAAGCGCGGCCUGUGAAAGAUCGUUGUCAUGACACUCACAACCUCUCCACUUCGACUCUGAAUUUCGUGGCGGGUUCCGCAAGGCCCUUGGCGACGGUUGCCGAGGCGGGGAGCAGCAGCAGCCUGGCCCAGUUGAUGUCUGAGCAUGUUCAGAAGAGUCAGAGGGCGGGACUCCCCUCACUGUCCUCAUCUACUCUGGCUGUUCUUUCUGGCCUCUCAUUGGGCACUCUAGCGUUGUUAAACUCCAACUCCGCCCCCAUUGCUACAAGUCCCCCCAACCACCUUGCCUCCUCUUUGGGUAGCUUGUCCUUAGGCAACCCCAAACUGACAACUCCGGCCGCCAAUAUGGCCCCUCCCUCCUUCGGCAGCCUGAGCUCCGUCCUCCAGAGCAGCAGACCAAUGGAGAUAGCGACUGGGGGAGGGGCUAAGGGGGCGGAUCCCAAAGGAAGUCCGUCAUUGGCUGAGCUGAUCCAGGAACAUUCCAACAGCAGCCCCACCCUCUACAGAACACUCCCCGGUCUCCACGGGAACAGCUCAAUCCCCAUUGCCCAUGGCAACACAGCUCAGACCGCUGCCGGACCAGCGCCAGCUCUCACACACUUCCUGUCCCAGCUCCCACAACCCCCAGGACCUCUGAACACACACUGUUCCCCCCAGACCCAGAUCACAACAACACCAGAACCCCACGUCCUCCCUCUGUCUCUGCUGGACUCUCAACGUCAGCUAGUAAGCACGGUGCCAGCAGCAGACCCAGACGGUCAGGUAGUACCACCUCCUGGCCUACAGGGGGAGCUCUCUCCACUAGUCUCUCAGCAACACAACAGAACUUCCUCCGACACCCCACCAUCACUCUCCCUCUCCGCACUCCUGUCACCAGGGAAACCACAGCCAAGAAGUAUCCAAGAGGGUGGAGUCAGAGACAACCCCCGCCCCCUUUUGUCACCCACUCCCCUGAGUCUCCGCCCACCAUGGGGUGAUCAGAGUGUUGAUCUAAGCGUGCUCAUGGCCCAGUCGUCCCACGGUGGAGUGUUGUUCGCACGUCGUCAUGACAAUGGCCUCUCCUCGCCGUCCGCGGUCGCCUUGAGGUCAGAUCACCACCGCCACGGCUCCUCUGUGUUCGCUCGACCGUCCGUCUUCGCCCUGACCCUGUCGGUGCGUGCGCCCAGCCGGCGGAAGAGGAGGAUGAUGAUGAUGAAGGAGGCUGUGGGAGAUCUGAGGUUAGAGGUCGGAGGAGGAGGGGGUCACCCUGCGUUUCUGUACGGAACACAGACCCAGCUGGUCAAAGCUAAAGAACAGACGCCCCUCUUACCCAUAACCCCUUUCACCUUCGACACGCCCUCCCCCGACGACGUCGUACGAGCCAAUCAGAAGAAGGCCUUCACCCGCGAGUAAAGGUCACUAAGGAAGUGGACUGUCUGUUGCUAGGCUACGCCCCAAAUGGCACCCUACAUUACUUUGGUCUCUGUUUUAAAAGUAGUGCACUGUUCAGGGAAUAGGGUGCCGUUUGAGAUGUAACCAAGGUGAUUAAAGAACAACAACAGAGCUGUUGGAGGUUUUAUAAAAGAAAGGGAUUUUAAAUAUUUUUGUUUUUUUUAAACGGCUGUUUUUAAAGUUAUCUGAGAGUUGUAUUAAGAAAUGUGAAAGUGUUUUAGUUUUUUUUCUACUGUAGGCGAGGUAAGAUUUUGCUCCCAUUUUUAUUUGGAUAGUCCAGACAGGAUAGGCUAUCUAUAGCAUGACAGUCUACAGAUGGACUAUCAACAAAACUCUUUGUUGAUAAACAACUGCUUGCUAAGGUUAUGGUUAGGAUUAGAGUAAGGGUUAGGAUUAGAGUAAGGGUUAGGAUUAGAGUAAGGGUUAGGAUUAGAGUAAGGGUUAGGAUUAGAGUAAGGGUUAGGAUUAGAGUAAGGGUUAGGAUUAGAGUAAGGGUUAGGAUUAGAGUAAGGGUUAGGAUUAGAGUAAGGGUUAGGAUUAGAGUAAGGGUUAGGAUUAGAGUAAGGGUUAGGAUUAGAGUAAGGGUUAGGAUUAGAGUAAGGGUUAGAGUAAGGGUUAGGAUUAGAGUAAGGGUUAGGAUUAGAGUAAGGGUUAGGAUUAGAGUAAGGGUUAGGAUUAGAGUAAGGGUUAGGAUUAGAGUAAGGGUUAGAGUAAGGGUUAGGAUUAGAGUAAGGGUUAGGAUUAGAGUUAUGGUUAGGAUUAGAGUAAGGGUUAGGAUUAGAGUAAGGGUUAGGAUUAGAGUAAGGGUUAGGAUUAGAGUAAGGGUUAGGAUUAGAGUAAGGGUUAGGAUUAGAGUAAGGGUUAGGAUUAGAGUAAGGGUUAGGAUUAGAGUAAGGGUUAGGAUUAGAGUAAGGGUUAGGAUUAGAGUAAGGGUUAGGAUUAGAGUAAGGGUUAGGAUUAGAGUAAGGGUUAGGAUUAGAGUAAGGGUUAGGAUUAGAGUAAGGGUUAG